CUUUGAAGUCCAUUUCCUGGUUCAGACUUCAUACGUAACGUAAAUUUUCAUUUUCUAGGUCUCACCCCUUUUCUCUUCUUCUUCAAUCUUCUCUCGCCAAAUCUUUGUUUCACCUUUCAUGGCGAAUUAUAACAUAUACACACAUGAAAGCUAUGCACCUUCUGCUUCUCCAAUGUGCUACGCUCAGCAAUACUCUUCUUCCCACCAGUCAUACGGACAGUCUUCCUCGUAUGGGUACUCUUCAGCUCUUGCUCCAAGCUAUGCUCCGUAUUUUCCACCGGGGACGCACCCGGACAUUAUUAGAAGUUUUCAGAUGAUCGAUAGGGACCGAAGUGGGUUUGUUGACAAGAAUGAGUUGCAGGAGGUGCUUUCUUGGGGUUAUCAGAAGUUCAGUCUCCGGACAAUUCGGUUGCUUAUGUUUCUUUUCAAGAAUCCUACCGAGCCUUCGAGGAUAGGGCCUGUUGAGUUUGCUGCCCUAUGGAAUUGUCUUGGGCAAUGGCGAGUCAUCUUUGAGAGAUUUGAUAGGGAUCGGAGUGGGAGAAUUGACUCAAUGGAACUAAGGGAUGCCCUGUAUAGUCUAGGAUAUGCUGUCCCACCUUCAGUUCUCCAAGCUCUGAUCUCUAAGUACGAUCGUGGAAGUGAACAGAAUGGACAAUUAAACUUUGACAGCUUUAUUGAGUGUGGGAUGAUUGUGAAGGGUUUGACUGAAAAGUUCAAGGAGAAAGAUCCACACUAUACUGGAGCAGCAACACUUACCUAUGAUACAUUCAUGGCAAUGAUCGUUCCAUUCCUUGUAUCAUAGACUGAGUUUUGUUUUGAUUCUAUUACAUUGUAUCAUCUAUUUUUUUUUGCAUGUUACAUUGUAUCAUUCUGUAUCAUGGAAUGUAUGUAUUUUAAUUUUUUCAUUGUUCAGUUUUGAAAGGUAUGCGAAUAAGACUCUUCAGGGGAGUGGAAUGGAGGAUGAUCUUAUGCAAAUGAAAGAGAACAUUUUUCAUUUUUCAAGAAACUUAAGUUUUGGAAUUGCAUAACUGGUCUUUCUGAGAACACAAAUAAAAUUGGUAAUUCAUGGGAUGCAGUUUCCUCAAAUUGCAUGCAUUGACGAAGGCUGGCUUCCAUAUUGUGUUUUAGUUGCCCAACUUGUCAAAAUGAAUGAAAGAUGCAACCUAUAUGUUUCAAAAUCUUUCAAAUUUUUUUUUUUCUAAUUUUUCUUUUUUUCUGGUAAACCGCAUCUUGUCCUGGUUUUAGGCUCAAUUUCUUGGUGUGAUGGUAAAUCAUGGGGGGUGAAAAGUAUGAGAACGCAGGCUUGAGCGUCAGAGUAGCCACUUUGUGCAGAAAAAAAGAAAACAAAACUUAGGUUAGGUCCACAUCUACUCCACCUUCUCAAGAACCUAGAUAUUUCUGACAAACAUUGGGCAAUGGCCAUUUUUAUAUAUUGUCCCUUUUUAGAGGCUAAGGUGCUUUUUUAGUUGACUUUGCCUGCCAGUGGGAUGAGUUUCAUGUUAGUUUGUUUCAGAAGCUCACCAAGUUAACCUGAUUACAUCAACUUUCCUAUUAUCGUUGACCAAAUUAGAACUUCAAAUAUUAGGAUUUUGGGUUCCCUAUUCUGCAGUUCUACCUUGUUCAGUAACACAGGUUGUCAAGUAUUCAAAUAUCCACAAGCGUCCAGCAUUUCCUGUUGAUAUGUGGUUGCACGGAGUUUAGCAUCCAUGACAUAACCAUGUAAUUCUCUUCUAUCCACUUAGCAUGUGAAACAUUUGAACAACAUUGCCAGUAAUGUAUCCCGAUAUUUCAUGUCUUCUUAUGUACAUUUGAAUGGAUUUGCUAUGCCCUCUCUAAAUAAUUUGUUUCAUUGAGUCUACUUGUAAUCACUGUGGGUGAUAGGGUUCUCUACAAUUCCCAAAGGAGCAACCCCAGAUUUCAAAAUUCUGCUUCGAAUCAGUUCCAAGGGGAUCAUUGAUUCAAAUUCAAGUCCAUAUAUGCCUUUAGGGGUCUCCUAUUAUCAGUUCUCUUGACUUAUAGUCAAGGCUACAGUAAUCUCCUAGGGUUCCACCAACCCUUACACAGAAGGAAGAGGAGAAACAUAGGCCACUCCUACCAGCAGCCCCCAAAUGCCCAAAAUCUAUUGCAAAUAUAAAGGGCAUCAAAAUAAACUUAAAAGUCCUUGAUCACCAAUCCUAGUACAAGUUCUUGACCUCCAAUUAAAUUGUAGUUCAAGUCUUUCUGGGAGACAUAUCUUCAAUAAGAAACUCUCCAAAAUCCUUCACAAACCAGGUGAUUUGAUCUAGUAAUCACCAGUCUCUUAAAUCCCCAUAGACAGUACUGUUAAUCUUAGUAUAUGGGUCUUAUAUGCAAAAGGAGGUGAAACCUUCUCUGGUACCAAGAUGUCUUGUAUGUCGUUCAGAUAAUCAAUAAAAAACAGUAAUUUGAGUAGAAGAAAGUGCAGAAAAUAAUAGGGAAGAAGAAGAUGAAUAGGGAAAGAAAAGAGAAGAAAAUAGUUAUGGGAGAACUUCUUGGGGUGUGUGCAGCCCCCUUUAUUGCUGUAUAUAUCAUGGGAAUGGACAGAAAUACCCCUGUCCACAGAGUACAUAGUAACUUAGAUGGGACACGGCUUAGCUGGUCCCAAGCCCAGAAAAAGGAGGAUAAGGCACUGAACAGAACUGAAUGGCCAAACAGGAUUCAUGUAGCAGACCCAUAUAGAUGGGACACGGAUUAGAUGGAGAUGAAACUUGAAAGUCCCGGACAGGUACUAUCUCCCUAUUUUUGAUGGAGAUGAAAGUCCCUGGAGUAACUCUGCCUCUCUGAGCUUAUUCUUACACUGCUGGUCCCAAGCCUAGAAAAAGGAGGAUAAGGCACUGAACAGAACUGAAUGGCGAAACAGGAUUCAUGUAGCAGACCCCAUAUAGAUGGGACAAGGCUUAGAUGGUAUGAAAAUCCCCGGAGUUUGUGACUAUGAAAAUGAUGAGAAUAAGGUCAUUAUCUUAUAGUAUCAUUACUUCUAUAAUAAAUGGAGUUCGUGACUAUGGAAAUGAUGAGAAUAAGGUUAUUAUCUUAGUAUCAUAAAUUCUAUGAUAAAUGUUACUAGAUGGAUACUUAUGGAUGUAACUGACGGGUAAAUGACACGUCUGUCAGAUAGAGGAAUCAGUAGAAGUGUAGUUCAAGUGUCUCAUCCUUCAGAAAUCAAAAUGUCUCUUUUCCUUUUCCUAAUGCCAUCUCCUACUUACGAGGUCUAUCCUUUAAUCUAGCGUUUGCCCUCCUCUGUUAACUGUUUUGUUCUCUCCAUCGUUAAUUUUGUUGAUCAGAUAUAUCACCUAAUUAUGAAUUUUGUUUAAGAGGGGAACUGAUCCUGCUCCCAUGACUUCCACAGAAGCCAUCUUAAGAACUAAUGGUAAGAACAGUUAUGCUUGAUGCAAUUACAAACCUUCCUUUCAGUUGAAUUUUCUUUGUUUAUUGAAGCGUCUCAUCUGGUCUUCCCCUUUGGCUUGUUUCUGAUUUGUGUUUCUGUAGGAUUCAGCGAGCCCAGAUCAAAGCAGCUGUUGUAAGCAUGAUGAAGGAUGAUGUGGGCAAGUCAUUGUCACCUUGUCAACAAGCUGCAGGCCGCCCUCUUUACUCCUUAUCCAUUUCUACGCUCCACGUCCAUAGGAGAUAAGGCUCUCCUGAACAUCGAAUUCAAUAGAAAAGGCUCUUCUUUUAAUAUCCUAAUACAAGUGGACUGGGUUCUUUCUCAGAUCCUCACUCAAGUCAGGAUUUGAUCAUCCAUCACUAUCUAGUUAUAUUGGAUAUGCGGGAAUUUCUGCCACUAGCAACACUGACGCCUUUUUUUUGUGAAAAAGAUCCAGCUAUGCCGUCGUAACAGUGAAGCCACUUCACCCUCUUUGGCCAAAAUGGUGUAGGAUCCAACCAGAGAGAAAGCUACUGUAAUAGUAAUGGAGGUGACAUUUUCUUUUCAUGGUUCGUCCCGUUGUGUGGAAACUGAAGCAAGUAAUGCAUCAAUCAAGUAGCUCGAUAUAAUUGGGGGCAGUGAGCACUGUUAGUUUGUACUGCAUUCAAAGUAGAAUUUUGGAAGAGAAAAUCAAUUGUUCCUGAAUAUUAUAAAUCUGUUUCAAACAGACGCCUCUCAAGUCUCAAUAUUCAA